AUGCGAUAUUUUAUAUUACUUUCUCUCCCUCCCUCUCUCUCUCUCUCUCUCUCUCUCUCUCUAUCUAUCUAUCUAUCUAUCUAUCUAUCUAUCUAUCUAUCUCUCUAUCUCCCCCCUCAAUAUUUACGUUUUGCAAACAUACGGACUCAUUCUUUCUUCAUAUCUCCAUAUUCUUUCUUUCUUUUUCUGUCUAUAUGUCUGCCUACUCGUCUUAAUAUCGCUAUAUUCUUUCUUUUCUUCUUUCUUUCUUUCUUUGUCUAUAUAUUUGCCUUCUUCCGUAGUUAUUGCUUUCUUUUUCCUUUUUCCUUCUUAAUAUCUACCUACUCUUUCUUUCUUUUUUCUUUCACAUUUCCUUCUUUUAUUCUUGAAUUCGACCAACUUUUUCUUUGUUUAACAUUUAACUACUUAUUCUCUUAUCUUUUCUUUUCCGUCUUUCUUUCUUUAUUUCUUUCUUUCUUUCAACCGACCCCACGGAAGUGUCUGUCGCCAGUGUGUCUCACUACGGCAAAGCUGGAUUCCACUCUUCUCAAUUCCACGAUGUCCAUCACUUCAACCAAGCCUACACUAUAUCUGAAUAUCUACCAUCCUUUCUUUCUUUCUUUCUUUCUUUCUUUCUUUCUUUCUUUCUUUCUCCAGUUUUUCAUUUUUCUUUCUUUCUUUCUUUCUUUCUUUCUUUCUUUCUUUCUUUCUCCAGUUUUUCAUUUUUCUUUCUUUCUUUCUUUCUUUCUUUCUUUCUUUCUUUCUUUCUUUCUAGCUCAUUUAUUUUGUUUAUUACUUUUAUAUGUGUAG